GAAAAAAGAGGAAGGGUCAUGUCACAGCAACACCAACAUGCCCCAAAAAUCUCUGAUAAGUCUCAGUAAUAAUAAGCAUAAAAAGAAAACAGCACCUUAGCCACAGCCACCCAUCGCUAAUAAAGAAAACACAAAGAGUCCCCCUUCCACCACCCUCAAAUCACUCAUUGCUUUCUCCCCGUCCCCUUUGCCUCUGCUCAUGGGGGACACAACUUCCCCUUUCUCUUUCUCUUUCUCUUUCUCUUUCAUCCCUAUAUAGCUACCCUUCUUCAUAUAGUUUUCAAAACCUUCAUCCCAAUCAUCAUUUUCAUGCACUUUCAUUGCACCACCCACUGGUUUUUCCCGGCCAAGUUAUAGCCCCAAAACGAGACCAUUAAGAAAGAGUGCCUGCUCAUUCAACUGCAGUAAAAGGGGUUGCAGGAAAGUAAUCACAAGAAGAGAGCAAAUAAAAAUAAAUUUUAAAGCAAAAUGAAGCAGCCGGUGACAAUAUAGUAUUUUUCUAUGAAAUUCAAGCAAGAUCUGUUCCCCAAAAGCUUUUCCAUCGAAAUUUGCGUAGUAAAAGGUCUUCUUCUCGAGAUCCAAUCAACCCCACUAACCUACUGAGAAGAAGGUGGAACAUGGCAUCGUCGUCUUCGAAUUCUCCUUGCGCGGCCUGUAAGUUUUUGCGGCGGAAAUGUCAGCCGGAGUGUGUUUUCGCGCCUUACUUCCCGCCGGAUCAGCCGCAGAAGUUCGUUAACGUCCACAAGGUGUUCGGCGCCAGCAACAUCACGAAGCUUCUCAACGAAUUGCACCCGUCGCAGCGCGAGGACGCUGUGAAUUCGCUGGCGUACGAGGCCGAUAUGCGGCUCCGUGACCCCGUCUACGGCUGUGUUGGUGUCAUAUCGCUCCUCCAGCACCAGCUCCGCCAGCUCCAGACGGAUCUCAGCUGCGCCAAGUCCGAGCUGUCCAAGUACCAGAGCCUGGGCAUCACCGGACACGCCGGGCUCAUAGCGGCUUCCGCCACGGCAACAACACCUCAGAAUUUGGGGAUCAAUCUGAUCGGAAGCGACGGAGGAGGCGGAGCACGGGAACAUCAUUACUACCACCAUCAGUUCUUCCCUAGGGAUCAGCAGCAGCAGCAGCAACAAGAGAUGAUAAUGAGCUUUGAUGCUGGCAGUAACUAUGAUUCAAACCUACUCGCUAUGAAUGUCUCGUCAGGGAUCGGUCAACUCAGUCAGUUCCAACCACCUAGAGCGGCUGCCGGAGAUGACCGCCGUUCCAUUCAUCCCUCCUAGGGUUAGGGUUUCUUUUAACCCUAAAAUCAUCUUAGCCACCCAAAGGUAAUGGUGGGAGAUUUCAACCAAAGAUUCAGCGUUGAGAGACUGCCGUUUUUAUUUUAAUUAUUAAAUAAUAAUUAAAAUAGGGUUUCUUCUCUGUUUCUGUUUUGCUUUUGGUAGACAUAAUAUAAACUA